AUGUCAAACAUUUUACGUGGUAGUCAACAAUUACUGAGAUCGUCGGCAUCGCUGAUGAUCAAGAACACCAGUAACACUUGCAACAGAUUGGUUUCAAACAACAGCAAUAACAGCAGAGUCAUUCGUUUAUAUAGUAGCACUAGCAAUAAUGUUGCAACCAAAACCAACACCCUAGAGUAUAUAGAUAAAGUUGAAAAGUCAUCGAUUCCAUUUCAAUUCCUUUCCAUUUCUAAAGAUCAAUGGAGCAAAAAUAUAGGUAAAGAAAACAUCUCAAAAGAAUUAAAAUCACAUUUCGAUAGAAUCGGAAAAGAAAAAGACAGAUCGACAUUGUUGAGAGAACCGGUGUUCAAGGUGAUCGAAUGGAUGAAUAGAAUGAAGCAACAGCAAUUCGAGAAGAACUCACCGGAGGACUACUGUAUGUUGGUCGACGGUAAGCGUGGAUCGGGCAAGUCGGUCACACUCUCACAGUUGGUCUUCUGGGCCAAGCAACAAGGUUGGUUCGUCUUCUACGUGCCAUCCGUCCACAAAUUCAUUCACACCGGUUCAUUGACCCCGUUCGUCGAGAACCCAAUGCUCUUUGAACAACACGAGCUCUCCACUCACCUACUCAACCAGAUGCUCGAAGUCAAUGGUGAUCUAAUGAAGAAGAUUCCAUUGAAAACAAAGUUUAGAAUCCAAUUUAAUAACUUUAAAUCAUCACCAGAGAAAACAUUGUAUGAUUUGGUAUCUUCAUCACUUUUCGAUUGUAGCAGUGAGGUGUUGUAUCACUUUAAGCGUGAGAUGGAUUGUAUUGUUGAAUUCCCAGUUUUGAUUGCACUCGAUGGAUACAAUCAUUUCCACCGUCUCUCAGAGUAUGGUGACAUGUACGACGCCAAAACAUUCAUGGGAACUCUCCCAACCGACAGACUAUUGGCAUCACAUCUAUUCAAACCACUUUUCAAUCAUAGUUUGUCAAAUGGUGUUGUAGUUGCAUCUACAACUGACGAUGUUAGCAAGGCACAGAUUUUAGAGGAAUUCAAGAAUGAAAAUCAACUCGUUCACAUUCCAAAGUUCACUCUCUACGAAAUGAGAUUGUUGUUAAACUAUUUAGUUGAAAUUAAAUAUUUAGAGAAAGUUCCAUCACAAGAGACAGUUCAAUAUUUAUGGCAAAUGUCAAGUGGUAAUGCAAGAGAUGUUUGGAACUUGAAUAAAGAGGAAAAAGAGAUGAUUUAUGAUGAGCUUUGUAUUUAA